AUGACAAUCCACGCCGUUCCAGACACUCAAUGGGCCCAAGUAGUCGAAGAAAAAGGCAGACCCCCAAUCUAUAAACAAAUUCCCGUCCCAACACCCGGCCCUGAUGAAGUCCUCAUCAAAAUCAAAUACUCAGGCGUCUGCCACACCGACCUGCACGCCAUGAACGGCGACUGGCCCCUCCCUCUCAAGCUCCCCUUGGUAGGAGGCCACGAAGGAGCAGGAGUCGUGGUAGCAAAGGGUCAACUCGCUCAAGGAAUCGAGAUCGGCGACCACGCAGGCAUCAAGUGGCUCAAUGGAUCGUGUCUUGCCUGUGAGUUCUGCAAGACGGCUGAUGAACCGCUCUGUGCGGAGGCACAGCUUUCGGGUUACACGGUUGAUGGCACAUUCCAGCAGUAUGCCAUCGGGAAGGCAGCCCAUGUCACUAAGUUGCCCAAAGACAUUGCCAUGGAUGCUGUGGCACCCAUCCUUUGCGCAGGUAUCACUGUUUACAAGGGGUUGAAGGAGUCUGGGGCUCGACCUGGUCAGACGGUUGCGAUUGUUGGGGCUGGAGGUGGGCUCGGCUCGUUGGCUUUGCAGUAUGCUAAGGCUAUGGGAUUGCGAGUUAUUGCUAUUGAUGCUGGUGAUGAGAAGCGUGACAUGUGUGAGCAGCUUGGUUCGGAGACGUAUGUCGAUUUCACCAAGUCCAAGGAUCUGGUUGCGGAUGUGAAGGCGGCUACCCCAGAAGGUCUGGGUGCUCACGCGGUGCUUUUACUCGCCGUCUCUGAGAAGCCUUUCCAACAGGCUGUUGCAUACGCUCGUCCACGAGGUGCAGUUGUUGCCAUCGGUCUACCUGCCCACGCAUUUCUGAAAGCACCCGUAUUUGAAAGCGUUGUCCGGAUGAUCAACAUCAAGGGCAGCUACGUGGGCAAUCGCCAGGAUGGUGUCGAGGCUAUUGACUUCUUUGCUCGAGGAUUAAUCAAGGCGCCAUUCAAGACUGUUCCUCUCGAGGAACUGCCUAAGGUGUUCGAGCUCAUGGAGCAAGGCAAGAUUGCUGGUCGUUAUGUGCUAGAGAUGCCUGAGUAA